UCGGAGACCCAGAGCAGGUUCGCAUGACCUCCGAAGGCUCCAACUGCCGCUGCAAAUGCAUCCUGCGCCCCCUUAGCCAAGCCGCCUGCGCCCGUCUCCAGGGAGGCGGCGGCAGGAGAGGGGAGGACUUCUACACCGUGGAGACCAUCAGCUCGGGAGGCGACUGCCGCUGCUCCUGCGCCGCCCCGCCAGCCUCGCUCAACCCCUGCGAGGACGAGUGGAAGGCGGAGAGGCUGAAGAAGGAAGCCCCGGAACUCCGCAAGCUGCAGUCCAUCACCGACCUGCUGGAAGGGGCCCUGUACAGCAUGGGCUUGAUGACGGUCCAUUCCUACAUCAAGCAGGUGGUGGAGCAGAUAAACACCUUGGAAGAGACGGUCAGAACCAACCUGAGCCGCGACAGCAACGUAGUGAAGGAGACCGUCAUGCACUUGAGCGACCAGAUGAAGCGCUACGAGAACUACUCGGACAUGGUGGUGGGCCUCAAGAAGGAGCUUUCGAACCUGGAGCAUCAGCUGCUGCAGAAAGAUGCGGCCGUCACAAGUCUGGAACACAAAGCGCAGGACACUGCGGGGCAUCAGGAGAGCGUCCGGAAAUACGCCGGUCCUCGGAAAAGUCUGGGGGACAAAGAGACCCCCCGAAUUCUCAAGGAGAAGGCAGAAAAACCGAGGAAAGAAAGCGCCAAGGGCAAGAUGGGUCUCCCGUCGCCAACUUCCAAAUCCAAUUCCUCUGGACAGCAGACUCUCAUCUGGAGCCACGUGUACUACAAAGCUGGACACCAAGCAGAGGCAGAGGGGGUGGCCAGCAGCCAUGAAAACCCCAAGAAGAAAGCUGGACUCGAACUGGUGCACCAAGAGACCCUCCCCAGGGCAGGAGAAAUUCCCUCUACGGCUUCCCCUGCCAACGCAACCUCCUUAGCCCCCACGAUGAGAAUCGGCGCCACGCUCCAAAGUCGGCCUGGCCCUCCUCUGCUCUCCGGGAGACCUGGCCACAUCCCCAAGAUCCUUCCCCCGCCCAGCCACGCCCACGAGGCCUCGUGCGAGGGGACCCUGAAGGCCGUGGAGCCCCCCCAGACGCAGCACAGCUACGGUCGGAAUGAAGGCGCCUGGAUGAAGGACCCCGCGGCCUCCGAUGAGCGGAUCUACGUGGCCAACUACUAUUACGGGAACAGCCUGCUGGAAUUCCGCAAUUUGGAGAAUUUCAAGCAAGGCCGUUGGAGCAACCUCUACAAGCUCCCCUACAACUGGAUCGGGACCGGCCACGUGGUGUACCAAGGUUCCUUUUACUACAACCGGGCCUUCACCAGGAACCUCAUCAAAUACGACCUCCGCCAACGCUUCGUGGCUGCCUGGUGCUUCCUGGACGACGUGGUCUAUGAGGACACCACGCCCUGGAAGUGGCGCGGCCACUCUGACCUGGACUUGGCCGUGGACGAGAGCGGCCUGUGGGUGAUCUACCCAGCGAUGGAUUCUGGCUACUCUCAGCAAGAAGUCAUCGUGGUGAGCAAGUUGGAUCCGGCCGACCUCUCCACGCAGAAGCAGUGGAAGACGGGCCUCCGGCGCCACGCUUACGGGAACUGCUUCGUGGUCUGCGGUGUACUUUACGCCGUAGAUGAGUGCAACGUCAGGGAAGGCCGUGUGUCCUACGCCUACGACACCCACACCGCCACCGAAGCCCGCCCCGAGCUGCCUUUCCGCAACGAAUUUGCCUUCACCACCCAAAUCAACUACAACCCCAAGGAGAAAGUCCUCUAUGGCUGGGACAAUGGCCACCAAGUGAUCUACAAGCUACAAUUCGUGGCUUGAGGAUUGGGACAGUGAUGGGA